UCACAUACUGGCCAUGGGGAAAUCCCCACUGGGCACUAUAAGAAGCCUGGGUUGUAGGAAGAAGCCAGCAUUGUACCAAAAAGGCAAGAUGAGUUACAGCCUUGCUUUUCUGCUGGCCCCUUUUCUCUGCCUUGUCUCUGUCUCCGGGACUUCAGAGACCCUGACCUCCACCUCUUCCCUGGAGUUGGCUCCAGUAUCACCCCAGGUGACAACUCCCCUGUUACCUCCAGAAGCCACAUCUUGGGAAGAAGUUAGUACUGUGUCACAGCCACUUUCCAAUUUCACCGGCUCUGUGGACAGCCAUGGGACCUGCCAGUGCUCUGUUUCCCUGCCAGACACCACCUUCCCUGCCGACAGAGUGGAGCGCUUGGAGUUCACAGCUCACACCCUUUCUCAGAAGUUUGAGAAAGAAUUUUCCAAGGUGAAGGAGUAUGUCAAGCUAAUCAGUGUGUAUGAGAAGAAGCUCCAGAACCUGACUGUCCGAGUAGAGGUCAUGGAGAAGGACAGUAUUUCUUACACAGAACUGGACUUUGAGCUCAUCAAGCUAGAAGUGAAUGAGAUGCAUAAGCUGGUCAUGAAGCUGAGGGAGAAUUUCGUUGGAAGCACAGACAUUAUUGAGAAGCUGGAAGUGGAGAUAAGGAAUAUGACUCUCCUGGUAGAGAAGCUGGAGACACUAGACCAAAAUAAUGUCCUUAGCAUUCGCCGGCAAAUCUUGGCUCUGAAGAACAAGCUGAAAGAAUGCGAGGCCUCUAAAAGUGAGCUGGUGCCUGCCACGCCCCCUCCGCCUGCUCCUGGAAGCUGUAGUCAUGGCGGCGUGGUGAACAUCAGUGCUCCAUCUGUGGUUCAGCUCAACUGGCUAGGGUUUAGUUAUAAAUAUGGUGCCUGGGGUCGCGAAUACUCUCCUCAGCAUCCAGAGAGAACUCUGUACUGGGUGGCACCUCUGAAUUCAGAUGCAAGGGUUCUACAAUAUUACAGACUUUAUAACUCACUGGAUAAUUUGUUAAUCUAUUCACAUGCUCAAGAAUAUCAGAUUCGCUAUGGCCAAGGGGGUGGUACAGUAGCAUACAACAACAACCUGUAUGUGAAUUGGUACAAUGGGAGGAACAUUGCCAAAAUUAACCUGACUACCAAUCAAGUUACUGUGAAUCAACCUCUUCCUAUGGCUGCCUAUAAUAACCGCUUCUCAUAUGCUAAUGUGAAUUGGCAAGACAUUGACUUCGAUGUGGACGAGCAAGCACUGUGGGUGAUUUAUGCAACUGAGGCCAGCACUGGUAACAUAGUGAUUAGUAAACUGAAUGACACCUCUCUUGAGGUGGUAGACACGUGGGUUACCAAGCAGUACAAACCAUCGGUUUCUAAUGCUUUCAUGGUAUGUGGCGUUCUCUAUGCUACCCGUACUUUGAACACCAAAAUGGAAGAGAUAUUUUACUACUAUGACACAAACACCAGGAGGGAAGGGCAUCUAUCCAUCCCAAUGAGAAAGAUGCAGGAAAGAAUUCAGAGCAUUAAUUAUCAUCCCUUUGACCAAAAACUUUAUGUCUACAAUGAUGGUUAUCUUCUGAAUUAUGAUCUUGUCUUCUCACGGGAGCCCAGGCAGGUGAAAGAGAGAUGAAACAUUGGUUGCAAAUGCCCUUCUCCAUGUAUUUAGACAUCUGCAGGGAAAUCGAGGAGUGUGUUUCUUUAGGUGUGAUGCUUAUUAGAGAUAUAGUUCUAGCACGAUAGAGAUGUAGGAUAUUUCUCUCAAUUUGAUUUCUCUUGGGAACCAUCAUUCUCUUUGGAUGGAUUUAAUGACUGAAAUAAGGUCCUUCUAGGUGAAGCUUUCAGAGGUUAGGGGUACUAAAAGUCUAAUGAAGUCUCUAGUGAGGUGAAAUCUGGAAAUUAAGAAACUUAGGGGGAUUCGAUAUGGGGAUUCUUUGUCUAGGAAAAUUUGCAUAGCAAUCAGUAUGGACCAUGUAGCCCAUAGACUUGUCCAUGGGGGAAGAAAACUGGGGAUUAAUUCGGUAGAUUAACAUCAAAAGGUGAAUAAGGGGCCAAAUAUCCACCUUUGUUUUUUCACGAGCUCUCUGCAACCUGCUUUGUGCGUCCUGGGCUGGUAAAUUUGGCAUCUUAAAUGAUAUCUGUUAGACAUUUUGAGUUUUCUGGAGAAAAAAAAAACCUUUUUCACAUUGAGUUAUACUGAAAAUCAAUCCUAGAGGGGUUUCAAAGGACAUACUUGACUUUUGUUUUCACUCAUUCUUUAGGUACAUAACUCAGUAGAACCCUUUACCUCACAAUUCAGUAUCCAAGGCAGCCAUAAUACUAGAAGUGGACUUAGCAACCAAUUGCCUUUAUCUACUGCUUAUGUGUUUUUCUUAAAGGUUAACUAGUUUUCUAUGAGACAGAUAUAAGAUAAAAUUAACUUUCUUUUGUCUUGUUAUUCAAUUUUGGUUUAUAUGACGUGAAGACUGUAAAAAACUUCAGUUGGCAGUGACAAAAUGGUAGCAUUUAUAGUUGUAUAAUAAAGAUCUUGGAGUAAGUUGUACCGCUUGUUUCAUGUCAUUCCUAUGUUUAAGCCUGGAAUUUAUAAGACAGCGAAUGUUUUUUUCCAGAAAGGAAUAUAGAAAAGCUCUUUGAAGUAUCUGGUUAAUCAGUACCAAGGCUGAGAGCCUGGUGGGUGCAGAUGUUCCAGUUGCUUCAGAUGAGUCUAUCAUAAGGUCUUGGCUAGUUUCCAUCGAUGUUCAAAUCCUCAUUUUUAAAUGCUGUAUUCCAAUUUUUUAAAUAAAUGAUUAAAGUGUGCAUUGAA